GUCUCAUGGAGAUACUCCCUAAGCGCUGUGUGCAGAUCGCCAAGCGUGAGCUGUUGUUCACGGGGCCUGUGGGCCUCAUCAUGUACCUCGGGGGUGUCUACUUCAUCAACCGCCAGCGCGCCAGAACUGCCAUGACCCUGAUGGCCGACCUGGGUGACCUCAUGGUCAAGGAAAAUAUCAAAGUGUGGAUCUACCCAGAGGGUACACGCAACGACAAUGGGGACCUGUUGCCCUUUAAAAAAGGAGCGUUCUACUUGGCCAUCCAGGCCCAGGUACCCAUCAUCCCCGUGGUGUACUCGUCUUUUUCUUCCUUCUACAAUGUCAAGAGGAAGCUCUUUACCUCAGGAACAAUCAGGGUACAAGUGCUGGAUGCUGUCCCUACCAGAGGCCUUACAGAAGCUGAUGUCACUAAGCUUGUGGACACUUGCUACCAGUCCAUGAGGAACACCUUUCUACAAAUUUCCAAGAUGCCCCAGGAGAACUCUACAAUUAAAGAGCCUGGGGUUGUGCCAGUCCAGUAGCCCAGGCCACAGGGGCAGGGGAGCUGGGGGAAAACAGGUGGAAAGCAGAGGCUGGAGGAUGGACAGAAGGCCAUAUCCUACCAUCUACCAAACACCUUAUCCUGCUCCCCUGCUGGCCUGGCUCUCACUGGGGCCUGGAAAUAGAAAGCCCUUUCUGACACAGGCCUUAGACCCAGGACCCCAUGUAACUUCCCACCUCAGGCCUGUGCCUCCAGAAUCCAGGUGUGGCCAUCCAGCAGGUGGGCUGACCCACAAGACCAUGAGGCACCUAGGAGUGGGCGACAUGCCACCCAAGGCCCACUCCACGGUGUGGGAUCAACAUUCAGGACCCAGGCCAUGGCCUGCAUCAGGCCAUUAGGAAGAGAAGGAACUUGGUCUCCCAGUCUCAAGGAAGCCUGGGUCACACAGCACCAGAGGGCAGAGCCUGCCAUCCCCCACUGUCCGAUGGUCUCAGUCACAGAUCACUGCUGUACUGUUUUGUUUCGUUUUUUUUUUUUUUUUUCUUUUUAUAAAUGAACUCUGAGAAGUGCCUAGAGA